AUGUGGUAUAAAGCAAAUGCAAGACUAGAGGAUGCUGAAGAAAAAAUGAAGGUGUUUAAACUACGAAAACUAUAUAGAUAUUUCAAAAAUUGGAUGGUUCAUGAUUUUGUGGUAGAACAUAACCAUAUGUUACACACACAAGAAACAACUCAUAUGUUGUCAUCUCAACGAAAAGUUUUAGAAAUUCACUGCCAACAAAUUGAUCUAGCGGAUGACGCCGGUCUUCAACAAAGGAGUUCAUUUGAUUUGAUGAGUAAAGAAGUGGGUGGCAGAACCAACUUGGGAUUUACACGCCUUGAUCAAAAGAAUUAUCUAAAAAAAAGAAGGCAAAACAGUUUAGUAAAUGGGGAAGCCGGGUAUCUAUUGCAAUACUUUCAAAAAAUGUCGCUUGAUAGUCCUUCCUUUUAUCAUGCUUAUCAAAUGGAUGUGGAAGAUCAAAUUACUAAUGUAUUUUGGGCAGAUGCGAGAAUGCUCUUUGAUUAUGGAUAUUUUGGUGAUGUGGUUUCUCUUGAUUCAACAUAUUGCACAAAUAGUUCAUAUAGACCACUAGCAGUGUUCUCGGGAUUUAACCACCAUCGAAAAGCGGUGAACUUUGGGGCUGCAUUAUUGUACGACGAAACUGCAGAGUCGUUCAAGUGGCUUUUUGAGACGUUUCUAGAGGCACAUAAGCAAAAAACGCCUCAAACAGUUUUUACUGAUCAAGAU